UCUGGCCUCCCCAUCAGUCUUGCACAGGUGUACCGGCUCCUCCCCUUCAGUCUUGCACAGGUGUACCGGCUCCUCCCCUUCAGUCUUGCACAGGUGUACCUGCUCCUCCCCUUCAGUCUUACGCAGCUGCACCGGCUCCUCCCCUUCAGUCUUGCACAGGUGUACCGGCUCCUCCCCUUCAGUCUUGCACAGGUGUACCAGCUCCUCCCCUUCAGUCUUGCACAGGUGUACUUGCUCCUCCCCUUCAGUCUUGCACAGGUGUACCGG